AAAAAAAAAAAAACGAACUUUAAUUUCAAAAUGGGAAGCGGAAGAAGAUACAUGGACGACCCUUUAGCCUUGAACAGAAACCCAUUACCCUCCUCCUCGUCUCCCAUCACCGUAUCCAACCCUCUCGACGGCUUUCUCGGCGAAUCGACCUCUCGCUCUGGAAGCUUCGAAAGUGAGAGCAUCAGCGAAGAAGGCGAUUUCGGAGCUGAGAAACUCGCCGGGACCGUAGAGUUCUACGAGAGACAUGUCUUCUUGUGCUACAAAAAGCCCUCCUUUUGGCCGGCCAGGAUCGAGGCCUCCGAGUUCGAUCGGUUGCCGAGGCUUCUCUCUUCCGUCGUGUCUGCGAGGAAGAGUGAUAUGAAGAAAGAGACUCUACUCACAAUAUGUGAGGGCCAUGAUGGGACUGAGACAUCUAAUGGAGAUGUGUUGAUCUUUCCGGAUAUGAUCAGAUACAGAAGGUUGACUCAUUUUGAUGUGGACACAUUUGUGGAAGAGGUGCUUGUGAAGGAUGUUGUGUGGCUGCCUGGAAAUCCUGAACCUCUAAGUGGUUCAUAUGUCUUUGUAUGUUGUCAUGGAUCCAGAGACCGGCGUUGCGGGGUUUAUGGACCCUCUCUGGUUAGUAGAUUCAGAGAAGAUAUUGAAAUGUGUGGUCUUGAAGGUCAAGUUUCUGUCAGCCCUUGUUCCCACAUUGGUGGUCACAAAUACACUGGAGAUGUCAUCAUCUAUGGAUCAAACAUUAACCAGAGAGUCACAGGAAACUGGUAUGGGUUAGUGACUCUAGAAGAUGUACCUCAACUGCUGGAGCAACAUAUUUACAGAGGCCAAAUCCUAGACCGCCUUUGGAGGGGUGAAAUGGGUCUGUUAGAAGAAGAUCAGAAGAAAACUCAAGAACAGAGGUUCCAAGAACGAAAUGCUGAAAAGAUCAACAACGGGGAGGUGUCCCUCGUUGUCCAACAGAAUGGGAAUUCAUCUUGGUGUUUAGAGGAGGAGAAUCACACUGAGAAUAUUACCUCGGAAAAAGAAAUCUCUGUUAAAAGUGCAUCUUCUCGGGUAAGUAGCAGCAAGAAGGGAUCUUCCUAUGGAUUCAAGGUUUGUGCUGCGAUGUCAAUGUGGUUGGAGAAUUGGGAGAAAGAAGAUACGUAUGCCGCUUUAUCUGUUGUUUGUGCUGCUGCAUCUGUGGCUAUUGCCUAUAACUGCUACAAGCAAUUGAAAUGAAACCGUUUGUUA